AAUGGUAAGUUCUCCUCGGUCGGACCGACUCGCCGCGUGCUCCUCCGGUCCCUCCUCGUGCUGUCCUCGCCGUGCACGCGCGUGGUACCCACGGUCGUGAGGAGGAGGAGGAUGUUGCGCGUGAAGGGGAAAUGGCUGCCGAAAACAAGCCGGAAGGACUGAAGAAAGUUCGUAAUCCGGAUCGAAUGUACAGAUCAGCAGUGUGUUAUGCUGGCCAUGGUCCACCUAAGAGUAUCAGUGAUGACACAGAGACGAACAAUGAACAUGGACAUUUGAAAAUAUACCUGCCCAAGAAGCUGCUUGAAUGUCUACCAAAAUGCACCUCGCUGCCAAAGGAGAGACACCGGUGGAACACUAAUGAGGAGAUCGCAGCUUACUUGAUAACAUUCGAAAAGCAUGAAGAAUGGCUAACGACAUCCCCUAAAACAAGGCCGCAGAAUGGGUCGAUGAUACUGUACAACAGGAAGAAGGUGAAGUACAGAAAGGAUGGCUACUGCUGGAAGAAGAGGAAAGACGGGAAGACCACACGGGAGGAUCACAUGAAGUUGAAAGUGCAGGGAGUUGAGUGUUUGUAUGGCUGCUACGUCCACUCCUCCAUCAUCCCCACCUUCCAUCGUCGGUGCUACUGGUUGCUCCAGAACCCUGACAUUGUUCUCGUCCACUAUUUGAAUGUCCCAGCCAUCGAGGAUUGUGGGAAACCAUGUGGACCGAUCUUGUGCUCCAUCAAUACAGACAAGAAGGAGUGGGCCAAGUGGACCAAGGAGGAGCUGAUUGGACAGCUCAAGCCCAUGUUUCAUGGCAUCAAGUGGACUUGCAGCAACGGGAACAGCAGCUCUGGCUUCUCAGUGGAGCAGCUAGUGCAACAGAUUCUGGACAGCCACCAAACUAAGCCACCUCCCCGGACUCACAACUGCCUGUGCACAGGCACCCUGGGUGCAGGGAGCAGUGUGCAUCACAAAUGCAACAGCGCCAAACACCGCAUCAUCUCCCCUAAAGUGGACCCGCGGUCCGGAGGUUACAGCAGCGCGCACUCCGAGGUGCAGAACAACGACGUGUCCGAGGGGAAGACUGAGCACACUGCCCAUGGCGGAGGGAAGAGCUCCGGCGGAGGGGGCGCCACCAGGGAGAAACGCAACGGGAAAGUCCACAAGCCCGUCCUGCUGCACCAGAACAGCACGGAGGUGUCCUCCACCAACCAGGUGGAGGUCCCCGACACCACGCAGAACUCCCCGGUCUCCAUCAGCAGCGGCCUCAACAGCGACCCGGACAUGGCGGACAGCCCCGUGGUGACGGGGAUGAGCCACGUGGCCUCCGUCAUGUCCGGCCUCUCCCAGAGCGUUUUCAUGUCCGAGGUCACCGGAGACCCCGUCUACAGCAUGUCUCCCACCGGAGGCCCCAACACUCACCUGAUGGGUGCUGACGCCACUUCGCAGGGCCUGGUGCUGUCUGUGACCUCCGACCGUCACAAGUUUGCCUUCCCCAGUGGCGGAGUUGGGGAGCCUGGGACCACCACGGCGGGAGACAGCCUCGCCAUGCUGUCCACAGCUGGGGUGUCUGAGGAACUGGUGCUGUCCAGCAGUCUGGACUCUGGAACCAUCAAAAUCCCAGAGACCAAUAUGAACUUUGACCCCGACUGCUUCCUGAACAACCCCAAGCAGGGCCAGACCUAUGGAGGCAGCGCCAUGAAGACAGAGGGCAACUCCUCCUCCACCUCCUCCUCCUCUGGUGGCAGCAGCAACACCAACGGCAGCAUGCAGCGCUCCCCCACCAUGACGGACAACGGCUACACCUUCAGCUCGGCUCUGGUGAAGAACAUCAAGACCGAAGACACGUCCUUCGAGCAGCAGCUGGCCAAGGAAAGUGGCUACCAAGUGGGAGUGGUGGUGAACUGUGGCAGCGGAGUGUCUGUGCCAACCGGCGCCGGUUCGGGUCAGGGCAGCCUCAGCCUGUCUGCGUCUGGCUCUCUGCUUCCCUCUGGUGGAGGCCUGAGUCCCAGCACCACCUUGGAGCAGAUGGAUUUCAGCGCCAUUGAUGCCAAGCAAGACUACGCUUCCAGCGCCACCACGGUGAGCUACGGCCAGGCCAUGUCCAGUCCUCACAUGCAGCACCAGAAUCGCUCGCCCAGCUUCUUCCUCCAGGACGCCUCUCAGAACAGCCAGACUCAGCAGGGGAGGCCCGGCAUGGGCCAGAAAACACACAUGAUGGAGCACAACUCCCAUGAUUCUGGAGGUUACAUGGGGCUGCAGGUAGUGAAAACAGACUCACCCGGCACGAACGGCCACCUUCAUCACCAUCAUCAGGCCCAUCAGACCCAGCACAGGGCCAACUGUAACGGAGGCUCACCCACUGAGGGGCCGGGCCAGGCCGGCUCUCUCCAGCUGCUGCAGUACCAGGGAACCUUUCCCGGACUGGGCACUGAGCACGAGGAGGUGGUUGGCCUGGAGCAGGCUGGCAACGUGAAUUCAGGUCAGGCUGGAGCCACAGAGAAUGGAGCUGAAAACCUCCUGAAGACCGGAGAUCACAUUCAGUCGUGCGGGGCGGGAAAUGGCGAGGGAGGAGGAGCAGAGCACUACCUGCAACAGGCCGCCGACGGCAGCGGAGGUGGGACUGGAAGUGGAGGCGAGGGAGUCGUAAUUCAUAACGGAAACAACAACAAUGAUGGCAGCAACCGCAAUCAGCAACAGCAGCAGCUUCAACCUCUCCUGCAAGGCUCAGGCAUGGUCCAGGGCCUCUACAACGCCGUUGGAGCCCACCAAGGCCUGGCCGGGGCAGCCAGUAACGGAGGAGCCGGAGGGACCGGCAUGGAGAUCAGUCUGGAUCACUUUGACAUCUCUUUUGGAAACCAGUUUUCCGACCUCAUCAACGACUUCAUUUCAGUGGACGGCAGUGGAACGGCCAUGUCGGCCGGAGGGGCCCUAUACGCUCACCAGCUGGUCGCCUCGCACAGUUCUGAUAAUCAGAACGCCACUGGCGGGCCCCCGCACCAGGGCCAGGAGGAUGGAGGCGCCAGGGCCUCUGGGUACAGCCCGUCGGAGCUCUGCCUGCAGCCCUGCUGCAGCCCUCAGUCUCUAAGUGGAGCAGCGGCAGCGGGAGGAAACACGGGGGAGGCAGGCUCACUGUCCUACAUGAAUGUAGCGGAGGUGGUUUCUGCAGCUGUAGCCCAGGGGGCUCUCGGGAUGCUGCAGGCCACAGGCCGGCUCUUCAUGGUCACUGACUACUCUCCUGAGUGGUCCUAUCCUGAGGGUGGGGUUAAGGUGCUGAUCACGGGACCCUGGCAGGAGGCCAGUUCCAACUACAGCUGCUUGUUUGACCAGAUAUCAGUUCCAGCGUCUCUCAUCCAGCCUGGGGUGCUCCGAUGCUACUGCCCAGCUCACGAUACAGGCCUGGUGACACUACAGGUGGCCAUCAGCAACCAGAUCAUCUCCAACUCUGUGGUGUUUGAGUACAAGGCCCGCGCUCUGCCUUCACUGCCAUCAUCCCAGCACGACUGGCUCUCUCUGGAUGAUAACCAGUUCAGAAUGUCUAUCUUGGAGCGCUUGGAGCAGAUGGAGAGGAGGAUGGCAGAGAUGGCCAGCCACCAGCAGUCGAGCAGUGCAGGGAGUGGCGGAGCUGGGGGAGGAACAGGGGGAGGAGGAGGAGGAGGAGGAGGCGGCGGCGGCGGUGGAGGAGGAGGAGGAGGAGGUGGGGGCGGCGGAGGAGGAGGAGGAGGCGGAGGAGGAAGCAACAACAGCCAGUCACAGUGUGUGUCUGGCCAGACGCAGGCCAGCAGCUCCUUCGAGAGUCGUGUCGUCGUGGUCUGCGAGAAAAUGAUGAGCAGAGCUUGCUGGGCCAAGUCCAAACAUUUAAUCCACUCCAAGACCUUCAGAGGCAUGACACUCCUUCACCUGGCUGCAGGCCAGGGCUACGCCACCCUCAUCCAGACACUCAUCAAGUGGCGCACCAAGCAUGCUGAUAGUAUUGAUUUGGAGUUAGAAGUGGACCCUCUCAACGUAGAUCACUUCUCCUGCACACCACUGAUGUGGGCCUGUGCACUGGGCCACCUGGAAGCAGCUGUGGUCCUGUAUAAGUGGGACAGACGUGCGCUGGCUAUCCCAGACUCCCUGGGCCGCUUACCCCUGUCAAUCGCCCGCUCGCGUGGCCAUACCAAACUCGCUGAGUGUCUGGAGCAGCUACAGAGGGAAGAGCAGCAGCCUCCAGCGCCUCUACCACCCACAACUCGCAUGUCUUUCUCCCCGGCCCCGGACCCCCCCACCACCGACAGCUGGAUGGUCAGCUGGGCAAACGACAGCGUAGUAGCACCCGGCGGCAAGAAAGGUCCUGCCACCACCACAACCACAUCCAGCACCACCGGCCUCAAUCCAGAUCUGAGAAGGCCCCGGUCGGAGCCCUCCAGCUACUACAGCAGCGAGGGCCAAAGAGACCUCCCGCUAGCUAAGAAACAUAAACCCAACCCAGAACUGUUUCAAACUCGGCCCGACAAGGCUAUGUCUGUUCCGCUGAGCCUGGAGCAGCAGCAGCUCCACAAGCUGUCUUCUAGCACUAAAAGUCUGUCCUCAGAGGGCCUGAGCUCAGACAAAGGCCUGUCCACGGGAGCAGGUGCAGGGCCCAGGUGGACCUCCAGAGACAACUUCUCCAGCAGCAGCUUAGGGAGGAAAGCGCCGGGGAUCAGUGGAGGCAGCAGCCUGGGGAAGGAGAAGCUGGUCAGUCGGCUACGCCAGCGAGAGCAGCUCGGCAUGCUGGUGAUGGCAGACAGAGAAAUGGCCGAGUCUGAACUGCUGUCAUAUCGGGAGGAUGUGGAGAACCAGGACUGUCUCACACAGAUGGAUGACCUGCAGGUGAAUAUGAUGACUCUGGCAGAGCACAUCAUCGAAGCAACGCCAGAGAGAAUCAAACGGGAGAACUUCACCCCUGCAGACUCUGUGCCCUUAGACACAUCUGGUGUCAGCAACACCAUGAACUGGCUGGCCAACUACCUGGGAGACGUGGAACAGCUGCCAAGCAUCAUACAUCUACGAUCUUUGUACAAUGAACCCCUGACCCCAUCAUCCAACCCCAGCCUGAGUCCUGGGGGGUCUCCGCUGAGAGAAGGACCCCUGGAAAGGUCAACGCUCCCUUCCCCCGCCGACUGGAGUGAGUUCAUCAAUGCGUCCAACAGCAAGGUGGAGCGAGACUUGGCCCAGCUGACUCUGUCAGACCCAGAGCAGAGAGAGCUGUACGAGGCCGCCCGUCUAGUUCAAACUGCCUUCCGCAAGUACAAGGGGCGGCCUCUCCGAGAGCAACAGGAGGUAGCUGCUGCUGUUAUACAACGUUGCUACAAGAAAUACAAACAGCUAACAUGGAUAGCCUUGAAGUAUGCACUUUAUAAGAAGAUGACGCAGGCCGCCAUCCUUAUCCAGAGUAAAUUCCGCAGCUAUCACGAACAGAAGAAGUUCCAGCAGAGCAGGAGGGCCGCCGUCCUCAUUCAGCAAUACUACCGCAGCUACAAGGAGUUUGGCAGGCUGAAGCCCCACCACCGCGGGGCUGCUGCCGCCCUUGUGCAGCACAAGCUGAGAGGUAGUCUGCUCACAAAGAGGCAGGAUCAGGCUGCCAGGAAGAUCAUGAGGUUCCUCCGACGCUGCCGCCACAGCCCCUUGAUGGACCAUAGACUGUUCAAGCGGGUGAGUGCAGCCUCAGCAACUCAGGUGAAAGAAUUGAAAAGGGCCAGGGAACAUGAGACCCCUCAGAAGAGCCCCCUCGCGAUGUGACAUCUCUCUCCUGACUCCUCCUUUCUUUUUCUGUUUAAGUUUGUAUCCGAGACAUUUUACAAAGAGAAAAAAAAAAAAAAAACAUCAACGAAAAGCACUGCAAAUUAUUACUACUGCUGCAGUGGUACUGGUUCGAUUAUUAUUAUUACAUCUGCAUUUUUUUCCUCCACAUAUCUUUUCUCUCCACUGACUUGGUCUUUGGUUGGA